AUGGGGAACAGACAUUUGAAAGCAAAAUCAAUUUCUAACAAGAUCGCUCCGAGUGAGCAGAUACAGAUAGCAAAUAUUCAUGAUAAAUCAUAUUCUUCAUCACUUUCUGAAUCACUAGAAUUUACUCAUCUAUUAUCUAUGGGAAGUAAUGAUAAAGGUCAACUUGGACGAAACUUGUUUAAAGAAGAUGAUACUGAAACUUAUCCGAUAGGACCAGUUCUUGAACUCUACCAUAAAGAAACACCAAAAUCCAUCGAAGAUGAAUACGAGAGAUUAGAAAUGGAUUCAAGAAUUCUCAGAGAUAUCAAACAUGUAGCCGCCGGCAGAUCUCAUCUCUUGCUGGUGACCAAUUCCAAUAAGAUUUAUGCGAUGGGCUUCAAUAACUAUUCACAAUUGGGAUUCAAGGAGGAAGAACAAUACAUUCCCAGAUUGAGACCUGUUGAGCUACCAGAAAAAGUUUCAUCAGUGGAUGGAGUUGCUGCUGGUUGGUUUCACUCAAUUAUUCUAUGUGAUGGUGGAAAGAUUUUCAGUAGUGGACAUUCGUUCUUUGGUCAGACUUUUGAUGUCAAGAUGGGUUCAUCAUUUCAGAGGUCGAAUAAGAUGAAAUUUCUGGAGAGGGAUAAUUGUAAAGUGAAUAGUGUGCAUACAGCAACAUUUUCAUCGAGUUUGCUUGUGGAUGGUUGGAAGAUUUAUGCAUGUGGAGAAAUGGAUGCCAAUUCGAAUUCGUCUAAUUAUUUGGUGCCUGGAUGUGACAUUUUCAAACAAAAGGAAUCAAUUAAGAGUGUGAAACAUGCUGAUAAGGGAAUUGUUGUGCUAACGCAUAAGGGAAAUGUCUAUAUGGCCAAUAAGGAUAGAGGUUUCCAUGAAAUAGUUCAGAAUGUUUACAGUUUCGUACCAUCUCACAUGUAUGAAACAACUUAUUUCUUGAAGAAUAAUUCAAAUAUCUUGACAGAGUGUAAUUUGGGACCAUUCUCUGUUCGAUCCAAUAUUGACAUUGGACGAUUUGUACAGAAAUAUGGACUCGAAAAUAUUCAAAUAUGUGCAGGAUAUUGUUUCUACUAUUUGGUUGUAAAUAAGAAAAGAGUUUACUCAAUUAAUGGAACAGAACUCAAAGAAAUACUAAACCUCGAAGGAGUUUCCACCAGUGUCCUCAUUAAGGAAGUCGUUUCGACCUCAGACUGUACUUAUGUUGUAUUCGAAAGAUGUAUUUCCACAGCCAGUGAAAAGCUAAUGAAAACAAGACUCUUGAAAAAUCAAAAGCAUGCAGAUCUCCUCAUUACCACCCAAACCACUCAACUGGAUUGAGUUUUCCAUCAACUUCUUCUCCGAUUCCUUCCGAGCUCCAAAUAAAACUCCAACUCCGAAUCUCGACUGAUUCAUAUUCCAUUCCAAUUACCUUCCCAUUAAUUAUCUUUGCUUAUUCCAUUUUUCAAUUCCAAAUUAUUAAAUAUCACUUUUAAUUUU